CAGCAUAGUUCCUGAAGACAGAGCUAACCAAGAAGGAGCAGAAAAGCAAGAUGAAUGAGGUGAAGCUUGCUGUCUUGGGUGGUGAAGGAACAGGCAAAUCUGCUCUUACAGUAAGGUUCCUCACCAAGCGAUUCAUUGGAGAAUAUGCAUCUAAUUUUGAAUCGAUCUACAAUAAACAUUUGUGUUUGGAAGGGAAGCAACUAAAUCUGGAAAUAUAUGACCCUUGCUCUGAACCACAGAAAGCAAAAUUUUCUCUCACAAGUGAACUACACUGGGCAGAUGGAUUUGUCAUUGUGUAUGAUAUCAGUGACAGGUCUUCUUUUGCUUUUGCAAAAGCACUGAUCUACAGAAUUCGGGAGCCACAAACUAGUCAUUGUAAAAGAACUGUGGAGUCAGCAGUGGUUUUGGUUGGCAACAAGCAAGAUCUCUGCCAUGUGCGAGAGGUUGGAUGGGAAGAAGGGCAAAAGCUGGCAAUGGACAACCGAUGCCAAUUCUGUGAGCUGUCUGCAGCAGAACAGUCUCUGGAAGUAGAAGUGAUGUUUAUCAAAAUUAUCAAGGAUGUCCUGACAAACUUCAAACUCAAAGAAAAAAGAAGACCCAGUGGAUCAAAAUCAAUGGUCAAAUUAAUCAAUAAUGUAUUUGGAAAGAGAAGGAAAUCAGUGUAA